AGAAGAGAGCUCCUGGCAGGAAAUCAAGUCCGGGGUCAGACGCACAGGCUGGGGAUCGUUGGCUUCGAGUGGCACGGAGGACAGGCUGCGUUAAAUCCAAGCUCCGGGGCCGUGUUCCUAGAAGCCGUGGGCACUCGGCCAGCUGUCUGGAGUCUGCCGGGUCUCGGGCGUCUCCUCUCCCCGUCACUUCCUUCCUUAGCCCCUUCCUCCCCAGAGCUUGAAGAAGACACGCGGGCUGGGACCCCGGCUGCACCAAUCCUUUGGAAAAGACAAGGAGGCGGAGAGGCAGCAAUGAAUGUGGAUCAUGAGGUUAACCUCUUAGUGGAGGAAAUUCACCGGCUGGGUUCAAAAAAUGCUGAUGGAAAGUUAAGUGUGAAAUUUGGGGUCCUGUUCCGAGAUGACAAAUGUGCCAAUCUUUUUGAAGCAUUGGUAGGAACUCUCAAAGCUGCAAAACGAAGGAAGAUUGUCACGUACCAAGGAGAGCUACUUUUGCAAGGCGUUCAUGAUGAUGUUGACAUUGUAUUGCUGCAAGAUUAAUGUGGUUUACAUAUUAUCUUUGUCAUUAUUUUUUGUUUCUGGUAAACUGGAAUAUGAAGUCAAGGUCAAACACAUGAGCAUAAUUAAGGUAUUUUUCUAGGACUUUGUAAACAAAAGGAGA